AGAGCCGGCUGCCAGGGUGCAGGGGAACGCCGAUCGCCAGGGAGCCUGUGAGGCAAGCAUGUCGGAAAACUCGGGGACCACCUAUGGAGGCAGGAGGGCCGUGCCCCCGAACACCUCCAAUGCAGCAGAGGACAGUCGCCCCACGGUGGAGUUGCUGGGGCUGGCGCCCCGGGGCUUCAACCCACAAGACUACCUCCACGUCACGGCCGUGCACCUGUUCAAGGAGAGCUGGGACAGCAACAAAAUGGAUCACCACACGGACAGGUACGACAGCGACAAGCUGAUUGUCCGGCGGGGGCAGCCCUUCCACAUCCAGAUCGACUUCAACCGCCCGUAUGAGCCCUCGAGGGACUUCUUCCGGGUGGAGUAUGUCAUCGGCCGCUACCCGCAGCAGUCCAAGGGCACCUACAUCCCGGUGCACGUGGUCCCCGAGCUGCGGAAGGGCCAGUGGGGGGCCAAGGUGGUGCUGAGAGACGACCGCUCGGUGCGCCUGGCCGUCCAGCCUUCCCCGGAGUGCAUCGUGGGCAAGUUCCGCAUGUACGUGGCCGUGUGGACCCCCUACGGCAUCCUCCGCACCACGCGGAACCCCGAGACGGACACCUACAUCCUCUUCAACCCCUGGUGUGAAGAGGACGCCGUGUACCUGGACAACAACGCGGAGCGGGAGGAGUACGUGCUCAAUGACAUCGGCGUCAUCUUCUAUGGCGACGCCAGUGACAUCAAGGCCAGGAGCUGGAGCUACGGUCAGUUCGAGGACGGCAUCCUGGAUGCGUGUCUGUACUUGAUGGACAGAGCAAACAUGGACCUUUCUGGCCGGGGCAACGCCGUCAAGGUCAGCCGCGUGGGGUCGGCCAUGAUCAACGCCAAGGACGACGAGGGCGUCCUGGUGGGGUCCUGGGACAACGUGUACGCCUACGGCGUGCCCCCCUCCGCCUGGACGGGCAGCACCGACAUCCUGCUGGAGUACCGCAGCUCGGAGCGCCCCGUGCGCUACGGCCAGUGCUGGGUCUUCGCCGGCGUCUUCAACACGUUUCUGAGAUGCCUGGGGAUCCCGGCCAGGGUCAUCACCAACUACUUCUCGGCCCACGACAACGACGCCAACCUGCAGAUGGACAUCUUCCUGGAGGAGGACGGCAGCGUGAGCUCCAAGCUCACCAAGGACUCUGUGUGGAACUACCACUGCUGGAACGAGGCGUGGAUGACCAGGCCCGACCUGCCUGUGGGGUUCGGAGGAUGGCAGGCUGUGGACAGCACCCCACAGGAAAACAGCGACGGGAUGUACCGGUGUGGCCCGGCCUCCGUCCAGGCCAUCAAGCACGGCCAUGUCUGCUUCCAGUUCGACGCGCCCUUUGUCUUUGCGGAGGUCAACAGUGACCUCAUCUACAUUACGGUCAAGAAGGACGGCACACAGGUGGUAGAGGCCAUUGACACCACCCACAUUGGGAAGCUGAUUGUGACCAAGCAGAUUGGAGGAGAUGGCAUCAUGGAUAUCACCAGUGCCUACAAAUUCCAAGAAGGUCAGGAGGAGGAGCGGCUGGCCCUGGAGACCGCCCUGAUGUACGGGGCCAAGAAGCCCCUCAAGACAGAAGGUGCCGGCCCCCCGCAGUCCAAUGUGGACAUGGACUUCCAGGUGGAGGACGCCAUGCUGGGAAAGGACUUCAAGGUCACCAUCACCUUCCAGAACAGAAGCACCACCCGGUACAACCUCUCCGCCUACCUCUCGGGCAGCGUCAUCUUCUACACCGGGGUCUCCAAGGCGGAGUUCAAGAAGGAGACCUUCCACCUGACGCUGGAGCCCUUGUCCUCCAAGAAGGAGGAGGUGCUGGUCCGGGCGGGCGAGUACAUGGGGCAGCUGCUGGAGCAGGCGUCGCUGCACUUCUUCGUCACCGCGCGGGUCCAGGAGACCGGGGACGUGCUGGCCAAGCAGAAGUCCACCGUGCUGACCAUCCCCAAGGUCGUCCUCAAGGUCCGGGGCGCCCAGGUGGUCGGCUCUGACAUGGUCGUGACGGUCCAGUUCACCAACCCUUUGUUGGAGACCCUGCAGAACGCCUGGAUAUACCUGGAGGGCCCCGGGGUGAUCAAGCCCAUGCGGAAGCUGUUCCGCGAGAUCCGGCCCCAGGCCACGGUGCAGUGGGAGGAGGUGUCCCGGCCCUGGGUGGCCGGGCCCCGCAAGCUGAUGGCCAGCAUGAACAGCGACUCGCUCAGGCACGUGUACGGGGAGCUGGACCUGCACAUCCAGAGGCGCCCGUAGCUCUGAGCCUGACCGCCCACCUGCCCAGCAUUGGGCCCCCGCAGAGCCAGGCCUGCUUCAUGCCCCCGGCGCAGAGACCCCGGGACGAGCCCCAAAGCUGGACGCCGCCCCUGGCCCAGCCACACUCCCCUCACCCGCUCUUUCCCAGUACCUUGGCGGCUGCCCCCCUCUGCCCCCCUGCUGCAGGGACCACUGCUCAUUAGUCCCCAGGAAGUGCUCACCCACCCUCGCCCCCCCGAGCUGAGCCGCCAGUCACCACACACACCGGCUGCGGGAGGAGGCCCCGCAGGGCCAGCUCAGGCUCGGGCGCACGGGUCCCCACUGGCUCCGGGUCAGGAAGCCCCUGACGUGGCCCCAGAGCCCACCCUCUCUGGAAUCAGGGGUACCCGUGUCGGGUGCCAGCUCCCGCCAGCGCUACAACGUGGUUCUGUGGGCCUGGGAGGUGCCGUGCUGUGCCGGCCGGCAGGAGCCACUGGCCUGUGUUAACCCUCCCAGCUGCCGUGCCUGGCGGCAGCAAGGCCCAGCAAGGCGGAAGGAAGGAGAGAGGAAUCCGUCCCCUCGGUCAGCGGCUGCUUCCCUUUCUCGGGAACCAGCCCCCGUGCAACAGGCCGGCACGUUUCGGAGACAGAGUCGCCCCCACGUCAGAGGAGGGGCAGGCGAGGGGUGGACAGCCACGAAGUCUGCCUCGUCCUGCACUUGGCCCAGUGCUCAGCUGAACGCGGGGCGCUGCAGGGGCUGGGGUCCCCCCGCGGACCAGCCGUGGGCACUGUCCAGCGGACGGUGCCACUGAUGCCACGUGCAGGCAGACACACGGCCAGCACUGCCCACCGGUGUGCCGGGGUGUGAUCCAGGGCACUAGAUUGAGGCUUUUAGCAAGAAAAAGCGGGUUCUGAGCAGCGGGCAGAGGCCCAGGGCACAGGCUGGAGAGGAGCGCCCUGGCCACAGCCCAGCAGCCGAGCCUUUGCGGCUGCCCAUGCCAUCCACGCAGGAACCCCAGGGCUUGGCCUUUCAGGCCCGUGUCCCCUGCGCCCCGGUGUCCGCCAAGCCUCCGUCACCUCCUCUGUCACCCCACAUCCUGGUUUUUUAACGCGAGCAUUUUUGCUGCACUGGCUUAAUGUAGCAUCUCCCUCGUCACGGAGUGUAACCCACGCUUGCAAUAAAGUGGAUCCAACCGCAGUCCCU